GUAAAACCACAAACUAAGUCCCAGUGUUGCGAGUAUUUUGAUACUAUUGACUGUUAUAAUAAUGAAUUUGUUGUCAUGAAUCCCCCGUGCACAGAUCCUAAAGAAGUGGAUGCUGUGAACAAGUACCAAGAUGAUCUUAUAGAUUAUUACACAAACACAGAAUGCCAUAGUUAUCCCUACUUGCAAAAGCAACUAUGCCAAUUAGUCGAUACCCCACCGCCGGCCAAACCACUCCCGGUUGACAUAACCCUAUACUACGAGUACAAGUGUGGUCCGUGUCGUCGGGAAAUUAGUACACAAAUCGCGCCCGCAUUUGAAAAGCUAAAGUCCAUAAUGAAUGUGAACUUUUUCCCCUAUGGUUUGUCACAAUGGCAUCAGUGGACCAAAUUAUGCGCUGUUGAGAGCGAACCGGCGGACAAAUACGUGCCGUUCAUUGGAUGUGUUAUGGGAUCCAAAGACUGUGCCGACAAAGUGGGACUCGAUAUGACCACAAUUAAUGAGUGCGCUUACGGACCCUUAGGGCGGGGUUUGAUGUUAAGGGCGUAUGAAAAGGAUAUCGCCACUAAACCUGAUGUACAAUAUGUACCAUGGGUGUUUAUUAAUGGUGCCCACACUAACUAUAUGCUACGCAGGGGUGGCGACAAUUUUCACAAAGUUGUUUGCGAUGCUUAUGCCAUUUGCGAUUACUAUGGGACCAAAACCUGCUGA